AUGUAUCGUUGUGCUAAUUCAUCAAAAUGUAUCUCCAAAUAUCGUCUUCUCGAUGGUAUUCAAGAUUGUCUUGCAAAUGAUGAUGAAACUUAUGGCAAUAGCUGUUCACUCGGUCAUCACUAUCGUUUUCAAUGUUCUGAUGAUUGGCCGAAAUGUCUUUCGCCUUUACUUAUUCAUGAUGAUUACGAAGAUUGUCCAGUAGGUGAAGAAGAGAUUCAAUUUCCUUGGCGCAUUGCUCAAAGUCGGACGAACAUUUCCUUUGCCACAAUAUGCGAUGGUUUUCGUGAAUUAGAGCCGAUCUUGAUCGAUGAUCAAUAUCAUACGGAUGAAACCGAAUGCAAUUAUUGGCCAUGUCAGAAUGAAGGUCAAUGUAUUCCAUACGAUUGGCGUCGACCCAAUCAAGAACAUACUUGUUUUUGUCCUCAAGGUUAUGAUGGUCUAUCGUGUACCAUAAUGAGCGAUCGAAUCACUAUUUCGUUUCAUUCCGAUAUUGAAAUUCCUGAUUUCAUUCGUGUACAUAUCAUUGCAAAUAAAUUGGGAUUAUCCGAUGAAUAUACACAACUAUUUCUUCGAAUUCCUUUUGAUCAAACUUCAGUGUCAUUCUAG